AGUUGCGAGCGGACCUCUGCACGGAGUGGAACAAAAUCUGAAGAGCAAAGAGUACAGUCCGCGGAAAACGUUCAAUUAAUAGAAGCAAGAAGCCACAUAUAUAAUCUAAUUAUUCUCGUAUAUACCCCACAUAUAUCUCGCCUGUGCAUAUACGAACCCCGUAUAUAUGUAUCAGUGAACAAAAAGUUGUUAUACAUAAAAUAAAUUGCGAAAGAAGAAACACCAUUAUCAACUAAAAAUAGUGACCGAUUCUCAAAGGAAUACAAAUUUUAAUAACGAAAGACCCCAAACGACGAGAACGAAUCAAUUAUACAAUUAUAACACUAUAAACUGUAGAACACACCAAAACGAGCAGACACGCGCACGCAUGUUCGCGUUAAGGGGCUAAAGCACAUCAGAACCGUAACCGAUCGCAGGAUGACUUUCACCCGCCUCAAGACUCUCUCGCUGCUCGUGUGUGCUCUGCUGGCCCUGAGUUUUCCCGGACAUGUGAGUGGCGCAGGCAACAACAACAACAAGAAGGGCUCGCAGCCAGUGGCGCCUCCGGAGCCGGAGGCCGUCAUCGAGGAGGUCAAUGCCAAGCAGCUGGAGAAGCUCCUGGCCGACAAGGAUUACGUGGCCGUCUUCUGGUAUGCGCGAAGCUGCGUGACCUGUGAUAAGGUUUUAGCGGAACUCGAGAAAAUCGACGAUGACACCGACUCCUUCGGUGUGGACUUCGUGAAAAUCAACGACAAACGACUAGCCAAGCAGUAUGGCAUCAAGAACUUCCCCGCCCUCACCUACUUCAGGGAGAAGGAGCCCAUCAUAUACGAUGGCGAUCUCAUGGACGAGGAAGGAGUGCUCGAUUUCCUCACCUCCUUGGAGGCCAUGGACUUGCCCGAUCGCAUCGAGGAGGUCAAUGCCAAGAUAUUGCAGAAGAUCAUCGAGGACACCGACUUCGUAGCCGUUCUGUUCUGUCCAGAUCAUGAAACAUGCCCGCCCCGGGUUAUGGACAAACAGCAAUGCCGCAAGUGCGCCAAGGCCUUGCAGGAGCUGGAGAAUAUCGACGACGAGGCUGACCAGCUGGGCAUCGGGUUUGUGAAGAUACACGACGAGGCCUUGGCCGACGAAUACAAUCUAGGCAACCUGCCAGCCUUGGUCUAUUACCGCCACCAGACUCCAAUCAUAUACGAAGGUGAACUUCAGCGGGAGGAGGACGUCUUGGAAUGGUUGGUGCAGAAUAAGUCGACGGGCGAUGAAGAUGAUGUGAUUGAAGACGUCACUUCGAAGACUCUGUCGACGCUUAUCAGCAAUAUCGACAACCUGGUUGUGCUGUUUUAUGAUCAUGGAAACGACGACUCGAUGACCGUGUUGGAGGAGCUAGAGCAAAUCGACGACGACUGCGACAAGCAUGGCAUUCAGUUUGUGAAAAUCGACGAUGCCAAGGCGGCAGCCGAUUACGGAAUCGAUUCGAUUCCGGCCAUUGUUUACUUUGAAAAAGAAAUUCCAAAUGUGUACGACGGCGAUCUCAUGGACGAGGAGCAGAUUCUGAAAUGGUUGUUGGGACAGUUGGAACGGGAUGAGAUCGAGGACGUCACCGACGAAAUGCUCGACACAAUGAUCAAAGAAGGACGCGUCAUUGCCGUGCUGUUCUACGACAACAACGACAAGAAGUCCCAGAAAGUACUCGAGGAGCUGGAGAACAUUGACGACGAGUGCGACGCAUUGGGCAUUACUUUCGUGAAGAUCGACAAUCCCGAGGAGGCCGUUGAAUAUGGCAUCAAUAAAGUUCCUAAACUGAUAUACUUUGAAAAAGGCAUUCCAACUAUUUACGAGGGCAAUCUGGAGGACGAGGAGAAGCUUCUGAAAUGGCUAACAGACCAAACGAGUUCCGAUCAAAUCGAGGACAUCACCGACGAAAUGUUGGACUUAAUCAUUGAGAAAAUGCCCCACGUUGCUGUUCUUUUCUACGACAAAGACCAAAAGAAAUCACAGAAAAUCCUCGCAGAGCUGGAAAACAUCGACGAUGAGUGCGAUCAGAACGAUAUUGCCUUUGUCAAGAUCGAUGAUGACAAGGAGGCCAAAGAAUGGGGUAUCGAUGAGAUACCAUCGAUUGUACUCUUUGAACGUGGAAUUCCACACAUCUACGAGGGUGAUCUGAUGAAAGAGGAUGAGCUGCUUGGCUGGUUGGUGCACCAGAAGCGCUAUUCCGAAAUUCCCGAGGUCACCGAUGAGAUGAAGGACAAGUUGGUCGAGAACACCGAGCACUUGGCGGUUAUAUUCUACGACAAGGACGAUAAGCAGGAUAUGCGCAUCCUGAACGAACUGGAGAACAUUGAUGACGAGCUGGAGAAGGAGGGAAUUGUGAUUGUCCGCAUUGAUAACGCCGCUGAGGCCAAGGAAUAUGGUCUCGAUCACUUGCCCGCCCUCAUCUACUUCGAGAACAAGAUCCCGGCCCUCUACGAAGGCGAUCUGAUGAACGAGGAUGAGGUGCUCGAGUGGCUUCUUGUCCAGAAAAAGACAGCUACUAUCGAGGAGGUUACCGACGAGAUCCUGGUCACUCUGAUCAACGAACACGAAUACGUCGUCGUCUUCUUCACGGGUCCCUGCGAGCCCGGAGAGACCUGUGAGCACACUCUGAACGCCCUGGAAAGCAUCGACGAUGAGUUGGAUGAGGCUGGCAUCAUUUUUGUGACCACUGAGGAUACCGGAAUCGCCAAGAAAUACAAUGUCAAGACCUAUCCACGCCUGGUGUUCUUCAGGAACCGUGAUCCACUUCACUUCACCGGAGAUCUGGACGACGAGGACGAGGUGUUGGCCUGGAUUACCGACGACGAGACCCUUGAAAUUCCCGGAAAAAUUGAGGAAGUCAAUGUGAAGAUGUUGGAUAAGAUCUUGGCUGAAAACGAUCACGUUGUCGUAUUCUUCUACGCCGAGGGCGAUAAGAAGGCCCAAAAGAUCCUUAACGAGCUGGAGAACAUCGAUGACGAAUGCGAGGAAAAAGACAUUGACUUUGUAAAGACAUCCGACGACGAUAUUGAUAAGGAGUACGACCUGCCCGGUCUGCCGGCACUUGCAUUUUAUAGACAUAAGUUUAGAACAAUUUACACCGGUGACCUGAUGAAGGAAGAGGAAAUUCUCGAGUGGGUUAUUGAUUUGCACGAGUCCACAGCUGAUGUCAUUGAAUCUGUCGAUCGUAAGACCCUGCAAGUUCUGAUCAACGAUGUUGAGCACCUGGCUGUGUUCUUCUAUGACGAUGAAUGCGAAUCUUGUUCCGAAAUCUUGGAGGAGUUGGAGAACAUCGACGAUGACACCGACAAGCACGGAAUACAAUUUGUCAAGUCAAAUGAUGUUAAGCUGGCUCAUGAAAUUGGCAUUUUCGCAUUUCCAGCUUUGGUCUACUACGAGACCGGCGUCCCGAUUAUGUAUGAUGGUAAUCUCAAAAAUGAAAACCGUGUGCUGCAGUGGUUAGUCAAUCAAAAGAGCAAUGAUGACGGCGACAGUAAUGAAAAAAUUGUUAAAUUGCGCUAUCCCAAAGAAAGCGAUGAGGAUAAAAGAGAAAAGUUAAAGCGUCUGCAGAAUUCGAUUCGCAAAGAGAGAUUACAUAAAAAAAAACUAGAAACUGAUGAUGAUGAAAAUGGGGAUAACGAAGAUGAAACAGGGGAGAAAGAUACUGAUAGGGAUGACGAUGACGAGGAUGAUGAUGAAAAUGGGGACAACGGGGAUGACGAAGAUGAUAAUAAUGAGGAUGACGAGGAUGACGAAGGAGAUGAUAAUAACGGGAAAGACGAGGACGAGGAUGACGAAGAUGAAGAUGACAAUAAUGAUGACGACGACGAGGAUGAUGAAGACGAUAAUAAAAGAGGCGACGAGGAUGACGAAGAGAACAAUAAUGAGGACAAAGAUGAAGAUAAUGAUGGGGACGAGGAUGACGGAGAUGACAAUGAGGACGACAAGGACGAGGAUGACGAAGAAGAUAAUAAUGAUGACGACGAGGACGACGAAGAAGACAAUAAUGACGACGAAGAGGAUGAUGAAGAAGACAAUGAUAAAGAUGACGAGGAUGACGAAGAAGAUAAUAAUAAAGACGACGAAGAUGACGAAGAGGAUAAUAAUGAAGACGACAAGGACGAUGAGGAUGGCGACGAUGAAGAUGAGGACGAAAAUGACAACGAAGACAAUAAGGGAGAUGACGAGGAUGAUGAGGACGGGGAUGACGGGGACGAGGAGGACGAUGACGAGGAGGACGGGGACGACGAUAACAAAAAGGACAAUGAUGACGAGGAUGAUGACGAAGACGGAGACGACCAGGAUAAGGAUGACGAGGACGCAACAGGGGAGGACGAUAAUGAGGACGACGAAGAUGAAGAAGAGGAUAUUAAAAGUAAACCAAAAUAUAGGCACACGGCCAAAGGUCGAACGAUACACCGUCUUGCUGACCUUUGCUCAGGUCGGCUUAUAGAUGAAAUAGAUGACGAAUGUUUCUAUGUUGGAUUGGGUCAUGACGGCCAUUCAGCUAAGCGCGGCAACAAUUUCGUGCCCAACGAUUACAAACCAUUCCAAUGCUGUCCAACCAAAUUGGAGAAGUCAACGAAAGUUCCUAAGAUGACCGCCCAGCGGAUCGGGCAUAGCGAAGGCGACCAGGGCAAGCGUCCCAGCGGCGGCAACUUCCAGUUCGCCGGCCAGGCGUCCAGCAAAUCGUCCACCAAGCCUGCGGCCACCAAGAAGCAGGCCAAGCCCUCCAAGGACACCGAUGACGAUGAUGAGGAUGACGAUGACAAACCCUUGGUGAAGGUUUCCUAUGCCAACAAGCGCUCGGGAGGAAGCAACAAGCCGCAGGCUGGCAAGAAGCCGGUAGGCAAGGGCCAGGACAACGACGACCAGUCGCAGGAGGUGGAGAAGGUAUCCAAGCAGAAGUCGACGAAGAAGUCCGGCAAGCUGAAUGUCAAAUCCGGCAUUAAUUUUUUCCAAAAUCGACUAAAAAAUUUGUAUGAUAUCAUUUUUCAGGAUAUCUCUCUGUGGGAGUAAGGCAACAGUUUAACUGAAUGUGGAUAACCACAGACAGUUAGAUAGUGAUUGAUUGUAUGAUUGAAUGAUAUACCAUACUAAAGUAGCACGUAUACGCACUGUUGCCAACUGAUAGAACAAUUAUCAAACCACAACCAAUACCAAACCCAAAACCAAAACCAACUCAAAAUAGCCAGCCAAAGAACCUUCAAUGACAGGUUUCUAUAAUUAAAUGUACAUCAUCUAUGUGUGACUGCAAAAGACAACAACUAUGACAAGAACCAACUGAAAACUGAAUUCGCAGGCUGUGUGUCCUUGAAGUUGAGGUUUCCUCGCACUAACCCUGAACAGUCUGGCACAAAACCAUUGACACAUCUUCUGUGCCAGAUCAGAACUUACUCCACGUUGUUCCACGUUAAGAAGACCCACGAGUAGCAGAAUCACACGAAACCCGAAAUAAUGAUUAAUGAUCAAGAAAACCUACUAACCGAAACUUUGUUGAUAUUUUCGCUUUAACUUUCUUCAAGAGGGGCCGACCUGUGUAGGUCGAACCCAGGUCUAUAACUAACUAAACCACACAUUUGUUGCAUUUGCCAACGGAUUUCAACAAACUUUGUUCAAACUAAAAGCAAUUACUUCGACAAACAACUAUAAAACUUCUGAGAACUUUCACUUGUAUAUUUAUUUAGUCAGCAAGCUUUGUUAUUAACAAAUUAAUGGGACAUUGUCUUUUGUCAAUAACGAACGCCUAAACUUUUUUGAUACUACUUCUUUUUGUCGCAAUAUACAAUUUACAUUUAUGUAGUUAGUCUAAUUUAAACAAGGGCCAAAGCAUAGCAAACGAACGAACAAACGCAUAAAAUAUUUUUUGAAACAAUUUACACCUGACAGUGCCCAACUGUUAGCUAAUUCAACUGAGACGUGUCACUAUGAGAGCCUCCAACUGUUUGCAUAAUAACAACAUUAAGAACCAUAAUUUGUAACCACAACUUUUUAGAUAUGUGGCAGCAGCAUACAGGCCGUAUACUUAAUUUUGUUAUGGAAUCGAAAAUCCAAUAUUUCUCGCUGAACAUGGCCUCGCAUAUUGUAGCUCGCCAUUUUGUUUCAUUUGUUUUCUUCUGAGAGCGAUUUCUGUACCGCUCGCUGUUGUUUUUGUUAUCGGUAUUUACAAAAUAUCGAAUUAUAAAUCUUUAUCAUUAUGUUUUCUUAAGCUAAAGCCUACCAAUCUACACGCAAUUGUAACUAAAUCCAAUAUAUAUGUAAACAAAUUUUGUUGAACAGCAGCUGAUAAGUCAAGAUUUUCGAAAUGGAAAUUGUCAGAUCGUAAGAAUCAAACGCAAAUCGACAUAAAGCACUUUUGUAAACAUAGCUCCCGAAUGAAAUUGUAAGAAUAUUUAAUAAAAGCCAUCCAACUCAAUAAA